AUGCGGGAAAUCUAUUGUUUUACUUCCAUUGUGAUCUCUCUUAUCUUUUUAACUUUAGUUUCCUGUGAGCGCAGAGGCGUAAAAUUGGCUCCCUUGAGACCGACUGAACUUCGAAGAUUACUAAAAAAUUCAGAAUCAACCGGUACUUUCUUUACCCAAGAGAACAUCAAAAUAAACAGCUGGCAUGUAACAGCAAGAUGGUGGAGAACCCAAUUUCUAGAUAAGCUCAGUAUAAAUUUCAAUCAAACUGAUAUAGAUUACUUAUGUUCCAUUAAAUCUAGUUCUUGUACUUUUUUUGACAGAACAGAGUGGGAACAGCUCCCAUCUGUGAAACCAAGUUCCUGGAAAAGUUGUGCAGUCGUCGGGUAUGGUUCCAAUCUUUUAGAUAUUCCUCGUGGCACUCAAAUUGACUCUUAUGACACUGUAUUCAGACUUGGAAUGGUACCUUUAUCAAAAUUUAGGAUUGAAGCCGGACUGAAAAAUAACUUUGUAUACAUUAGGGAUAGAAAAUUACGAAGGAGCAAAGGUAACUUCGUUGAUGAAGAUAAGAAUGGUUUUCGAGCCUCACAGCUUCAUAAUUCUUACAGACCGAAAGCAAUUGUUUAUUCAAGCUACCGGAAAAAUCCUACUGCGAAUUGGGCAACAAUCACAUUUGGUGGGGAUUUAACGCUUCGUCUUGAGCGAACACUAAAGCUGAUCUUGCGAAGGAUGAAUCGAUCAGGUUUGCCACCUGAUCCAAGCUCUGGGCUUGUGUUGCCAGCUGUACUUCUUUUCAGUGGUCAUUGUACAAAGAUUGGUAUUUUUGGAAUAAGUACUACAAUGGGUUCUCGGUAUUGGGAAGUAAAACCAAGAGAUGAUCUGAAGGGUAAAACUACACGAUACAAAAGUAAGCCGCGAAAUCUUGCAUCAAAUCACAACACCAAGCUUGAAGCUUUGAUAUGGAAAACAAUUGGGAUGAUGGAACCUAUAACAAAAGAGAUCAAGGUAGAGUUCUAUGACUAG